UGAAGAUUCAAUGAUGGAUCCAUACAAUUUUACAAACAGUCCUCUCAAUAACAACUCCGAGAAUGAAGAUUACUAUGAAGAUUAUUAUGAUACAGAUCUCAGGAAAUCUCUUAACAUCAUGUCAAUCAUUGUAUACAGUCUGGAUUUUGUACUUGGAGUGGUGGGUAAUGGCAUUGUCAUUUGGGUUACUGGAUUCAAAAUGAAAAAGACGGUCAACACGGUCUGGUUUCUGAACCUUGCUGUAGCAGACUUCCUCUUCACAGCCUUUCUUCCACUCAGUGUGGCUUACACGGCUAUGGGCUUCCACUGGCCUUUUGGCCAGUUCAUGUGCAAAUUCAACAGCACACUUAGUUUAAUCAACAUGUUUGCCAGUGUGUACAUCCUGGUUGUGAUCAGUGUUGACCGCUGUGUGUCUGUGGUGCGUCCUAUCUGGGCACAGAACCAUCGGAAUUUGAGCCGAGCUUCUGUGGUGAGCUUCGGAGUUUGGUUAUUUGCCCUGGUGCUGAGCUCACCCUCCUUUGUCUUCAGGGACACUGCACUCCACAGCAACAAAAUCAUCUGCUACAACAACUUUGCAUUCUCUGAUGACUAUGAAACACCAGAGGUGGUGAAGCUCCGUAAUCUACGGCAUCGUGCCAUGAUCAUUACCCGUUUCAUCAUAGGCUUUAUGGUGCCUUUUGUGAUAAUCAUCUCCUGCUAUGCAGUCAUCGUCCAUCGUCUCCAAAGAAACCGUUCCAUGUCUGGCCGAACUGGACGCACCUUAAAGAUCAUUGCUGCUGUGGUCAUCGCCUUCUUCAUCUGUUGGGCUCCUUACCAUAUCCUGGUGCUCAUUGAGAUGGUAAACCACAUGGAAAUGAAAUACAGCUCCACCCUGCAAUAUGUCACCACUGUUGGAAUUCCCAUUGCAACCAGUUUGGCUUUCCUAAACAGCUGCCUGAACCCAUUGUUGUAUGUUUUCAUGGGACAAAACUUUAAAGACAAGGUGCGCAAGUCAAUCCUGAAGGUUUUGGAAACUGCUUUCACAGAGGAAGCUUCACGCACAAAUACCUGCACAAAUUCAAUGCUCACUAUUCCAAACAAAGAGAAAGGGAGCAAGUCUUUUUCUGAUGCAGAAGUAUAACAGUAUAACAUAAAUGAAGCACUAUUUCUAAAGAAGGACUUUACAGAGUGACUCAUUUGGAUUUUAAUGCCAACAUAAAUAAAAGUGAGACAUUAACCUGAAGAACUGGAACAAAAUAAAUUUAGUUUGUUUGAAGCUUUACAUUAAAACUCCUUCUCUCUAUGGGAAAUUCUUAUGUAAUGCAGAAUUUUUAUAUAUAUGUGUGUGUGUAAGAGAGAGAGAUUUAAUGAUAUACCCAUAAAGUAUUUGACAAAUAAAACUUGCUAUUGUAAGCAUA